GUAAUUUUAAACGGGUGUGUGAAUCGAAACAUCCUCGGGUUGUCUAUUUACACAGCCAGCGAAAAUUCAAUGUGCGAGUUCACCUAUUCAUAUAUUCGGUAAUCUUAUUGAAUAUAGCCUAUGGAUGCAUUCAACAAAUCAAAAAUAAACUUACGUAUAUGUAGGAACACAUCGCGAUCUUUUCAAUGAGUUCUCACAUCGUCACCCCAGGUCCAUACAGGGCCACUAAACUGUGGAAUGAAGUAACCAAGCUUUUCCGGGCUGGGAUGCCUUUGAAGAAGCACCGGCAGCACUUCAGAGUUUACAUGAACUGCUUCACUGCAUCAGCAGCUGUGGACUGGUUACAUGAACUCCUGAAGAACAACAGCAAUUUUGGACCCGAGGUCACCAGACAUCAGACAAUCCAGCUGCUGAAAAAGUUCUUGAAGAACCAUGUUAUUGAAGAUGUGAAAGGUAGAUGGGGCAUGGAAGACCUGGAGGACAACAGUCAGCUGUACAGGUUUCCAUCAACAUCUCCGCUGAAGCCCAUUCCUAACCGUGCCCCUGUUUUGAGGAAAAAAAGCAUAUCUAUGAUGGACAGGGAGAGUUUCUUCAAAUUCAGGAGCUCGAAGAAAUUUGACAAAGAAAUAUUGGAAAAUGUGGAUCCAGAAACACAAGAAUCUGCUAUAGGAUCAUCCUCAGGUGAGACGGAGCACUGCAGGGAGCUCACAGAGGACGACAUUCAAGUCAUCUGGAAGAAUGUCACACUUACGCAUCACUUACAAUUAACCAAAACCCCAAAUGUGAACGCUGCCAACCUGUUCAAAUCGACCGAAUGCCUCCUGCUGAGCUUAAUAAGAAAAGAGGCCUUCGAUGAAGCCGAUUCGCCCAUGAGGGAAGUUUUCAGUUCAAAAGCAGAGACUAAGUUAGAAACCCAUAGAGCACAGCAGCCUGUUUUUAGAGGUAGAAGGGCCAGUGAUGGAGACCGGCUGGGCGGUAGCUAUCUAGAAAUUCCUCUGGCUCACAAAACAGAAGUCCCAUAUGGCAGGCUUCGGUCAAGAAGUUGCUCUUUGGAGGGAAUUGUUGAUAACCGUUCAAAGAACAGACUUCUCAGAUUAUCUGAAAGCCUACAGUCCUGCAGCAGUGAUAAAUCAUCCUCUCAAACAGAUUCUCCAGUAGACCCAAACCUCAAAUUUGAGCUACAAGGUUCCUUAGUGUCCAUAAACUCUUGUAUUCAAACUUCCAGCAACAACACAAGCACCCAACUCCCUUCCGAUCUUCGCCGAACCAACCAGAGACCCUCCAGGGCCCGGCCUAGAAGCAUCGGUAACUUGUUUGACAUAAAGGAGAAUAGAGAAAUGUCUGCUAGCAGCUUUAGCAUCCACGCUCCUGUGGCUGAAAUUACCAUGAGACCAGAUUCCACAUCCAGCAUUGGCCUUCGAGGUCCUGGUUUGCUCAGUUUGCAUGGAAGUUGCAUGGACAUUAGGGCAGGUCCAAGCUUUAGCAGACGCUGUCAGAGCUCUCUGGACCUGAGCAAACCUGCACUCACUCGGCCCCCUUCGGCCCCAUUAGCACGCCACCCUGAGCAAAGUUUAUUGCAGCCGUCACUGGAGCGGGUGGCCGUCGAGGCCCUGCAGCUCUGCACGUUACUCCUGCCACCAGCCAGCCGCCGCAAACUACAGCUACUUCUGCGAAUGAUCUCGCGCAUGAGCCAGAACGUGGACAUGCCGCGGCUGCAUGAUGUCAUUGGAACAAGGACAGUGUUGGUGCAGACGUUCUCUAGGUGUGUGUUGAGCUGUGAGGAGGUGGAUGAUCUGGACGAGCUCUUGGCUACAAGGCUGUUAUCGUUUCUCAUGGAUCACCAUCAGGAGGUCCUGGAGGUGCCUGUGUACCUGCGUAAUGCUGUGGAAGAUCACAUCAGUUAUCUCAAAUCACUGACCACAUUCCGAGGCUCCGGUGUUGCCAUGCCGACAUACUCAUUCUGCAGGCAGAUCAGCACUCAGGAGUUUGAAGAGCAGAAACUCUCUGUGUCCCAGACUGCUCUUGCUGACCUACUGGAGAGUCUCAUAAAGGACAAGAGCAUGUCUGUGAAAGAGAAGAAAAAGAAGCUAAAACUGUUUCAGAAGGAACAUCCUGACAUCUACUCGAGACGUUUUCCUACAACAGAGAGUGAAGCUCAGCUUUUUGCAGAUAAACCAAAGAUAAAACCGCCAAUGCUGUUAAGCAUCAAGAAAGCCAAAACCUUCGGUAUUCGAAACUGAAUACCUCUUAAAAUGCUCAUGUGUGAAUGAUAUUUUGGGAGCCUGGGUGAGUUUAAAGACCUUUAGUUGAUCUGUUGCAGUAAAAGGGCUGACAUUGGAACGCAUCAGUAUAAUCUGAACUGUACCUUUUGUUGAAGUGUUUUUUUUUUUUCUUGUUUCUUGUGGUAUUUCUCUCUAGUGAAGUGACUUUUAUUUCAGUUUCAAUACAGAUGUCUAUUUUAAUGUUAUUUAUUUAAGGUGUAUGAUUUACUGUAAGUUAUUGGGAGCUUUUAGAUAUUCAGUGUCAUAAUAACUGCAAAAAAAUCAGAGGACCCUCAGCAAAUAUUAUGCAAAUAGGCUUAACAUGCUGUUUACAUGGAGUCGUCUUGAAAUAAAAUGAAGAUUUUAUUUUUAGUCUUGUAACAUUGUUUAUGUUUCAGUUUUUAGUCCCUUGUUUUUCUGUGAUCACCUUUUUGUGUGUCAUCUUCAGGUGUCUUCACUAUUAAAGACAAAUAUAUAGGUUUUAUGUGUAAUGUGGGAGUUUCCUGGCUACGAAGCUAGUAUGGGUUAAUUUGCACUGUUUUUUCAUCUCAAAUGUGCUAAUGUUGUCAUUUCUUAUGAUGUACAUAUUUUCUUUCUAGUCAUUAUUGUCUAUUCAUUGCUUAUGUUCUUCUUUGUUUUAUCAUCUUGCACUCAGUCAUUGUGCCGAUUCAGUGGCUUGUAUUUUAAGAAUGAAAGACUAAACUUGGGCAAUGAUUGAUUUAUGGUUUUACUGUAUCGUUAAUGAGCAUAAGUGAGCCAAAUCCAUUACGUUUUAUGUUUUUUAUUACUUUAUUGUAUCACCAUAAAUACUUAUACUGUUUCUGA